CUUCUUCGAGUUUCACCUCUGUUAUUGUUAUGUUGUUGUUAUUAUUAUUAUUAUUAUUGUCAUUAUCCAAUGCAAUUGCCCUAAAAGAAAGGUAAAAUCCCUUCUUUUUCCCCGCAAAACCCAUCAAAAUCUCCUCGUUUUUGCGAACUCGAUCGUACCUUUCUCCGAAUUAGGGCUUUUUGCGGGCAAUAGAUCGAUCGCGGGAUCCAAAGUUACGAUUUUUAUGUAGUAAGUGGGGUGAAAGAGGGGGUGGAUUGAGAUGGGUUCGCGCGUGGUGACCCCUGAAGAGGUGCUCGAAUCGCUUAUGAACGAUGGGACGAUCGAUGCUAUUAGGAUGAAGAUCAUUGCUCAGCUAAAGGCCAAUGAGGAUAUGAAGAAAAAUACCAUGAUGAUGGUGGAGCAAAGUAAAGUUCUCAACACUCCAGGAGCAGAGAAAAAGACCAAGAGGGAGUUGUUUGAUGAGCUUCGGCGGGAAUUAGAAACUUCAGUUCUUGAAAAGGCCUCGAAAGCAGUUUGGGAGCUAAUACUCGACAGCAGCGGCUUGGGGAAAGAGAUCACUGAAACCGUCGAGAAAGUCUACUGCCGUCUAAGCGGCCAAGAGCCGCCCCCACCCCCGGCCCUUCUUCCGCUCCCCACCACUUAUCCACAAGAAGAAAACGAGAAAGAGAGCAAAGAUAAACAGGAGGGAGAGAAGGCCAAGGAGAUGGACAUUUCUGAGCCAUCAUCGAGAAAGAGGACCUUCAGCGAGAUGAACGCGCUCGAAAAAGCAGAAGCAGUCGAGAAUGGCUCCCCUGACCGCACUGUUGCAUCCGAGGAUGGUACGUUACCAUCCACCAAUGCUAAGACAUAAUGAUAUGAGCUAUUGUAUGCUUUAGUUCCUCGUUUGGCGACAAAACUAUGUUUUAGUGAAUGCUAAGGCACAGCGAUACGAAUGCAAUGUAAUUAUCGUAGUUGAAUUUGUUCCAGUUUGGUUUGUUGCUAGGUCGUAGAAGAAACUGUAGUACUAUUAUGAGGAAAUUUUGAUUUUGUUCGCAUCUGUUGGUUUUCAA